AUGAAGCUAAGAAGCCUGAAAGGAGGAACCCACUGUCAUCCCUAUGAACCAUACAAGCCACCUGUUCCGUUCCCUCAAAGAUUGGCACAAAAACUUGAAAAGAAAUAUGGGAAGUUCCUUGACAUCCUGAAGAAGCUACACAUCAACAUACCUUUCUUGGAUGCCAUAUCUGAGAUGCCUUCCUACGCUAAAAUAAGCUUCCAGAAAAGCUUAGGAGAUCCGGGCAGCUAUUCCAUUCCUGUCAAGCUUGGAGACAUUGCUAUCAAGAAUGCUUUAUGGAUCUUGGGGCUAGUGUUAGUCUCAUGCCUUCUCUCUAUCUGCAAGAAACUCAACAUGGGCGAACUAAAACCCACACGCAUCUCUCUACAACUAGCUGACAGGACAGUAAAGUUUCCACUUGGUAUCCUUGAAGAUGUUCCUCUUCGAGAGGAUGCACAAGUUCCCAUUAUUCUUGGGAGACCCUUUUUGGCCACUGCUGGAGCCAUUAUUGACAUGAAGAAGGGAAAAUCACUUUUGAAUGCUGAUGAGGAAGAUUGGGAGACUAAGGAAUACAAGAGACUUCUAGAGGAGACACGAGCACUGAAGAAUCUGAGAGCCUCUCCAGGAAUUGCUGCAUUCUGA